UGAGGUGGUGGCCUGGAUCCGACGGAUACUUCGGGUAGAGAAGACAGGCCACAGUGGCACACUGGAUCCCAAAGUGACUGGCUGUUUAAUUGUGUGCAUUGAAAGAGCCACUCGUUUGGUGAAAUCACAGCAGAGUGCAGGCCCUAGAGACUCUGACAGGUGCCCUGUUUCAGCGACCCCCGCUUAUUGCUGCAGUAAAGAGGCAGCUUCGAGUGAGGACUAUCUACGAGAGCAAAAUGAUAGAAUAUGAUCCUGAAAGAAGAUUAGGAAUCUUUUGGGUGAGCUGUGAAGCUGGCACCUACAUUCGAACACUAUGUGUACACCUUGGCUUGUUGCUGGGAGUUGGUGGUCAGAUGCAGGAACUUCGGAGGGUGCGUUCUGGAGUCAUGAGUGAAAAGGACCACAUGGUGACAAUGCAUGAUGUACUUGAUGCUCAGUGGUUGUAUGACAACCAUAAGGAUGAGAGUUACUUGCGACGUGUUAUUUACCCUUUGGAAAAGCUGUUGACAUCUCAUAAACGUCUGGUUAUGAAAGAUAGUGCAGUGAAUGCAAUUUGCUAUGGGGCCAAGAUCAUGCUUCCUGGUGUUCUCCGAUAUGAGGAUGGCAUGGAGGUCAACCAGGAGAUUGUGGUCAUUACCACCAAAGGGGAAGCUAUAUGCAUGGCUAUUGCAUUGAUGACUACAGCAGUGAUUUCCACCUGUGACCAUGGUAUAGUAGCCAAGAUAAAGAGGGUGAUCAUGGAGAGAGAUACUUAUCCUCGCAAGUGGGGUUUGGGUCCAAAGGCAAGUCAGAAGAAGAUGAUGAUCAAGCAAGGACUUCUAGACAAGCAUGGCAAACCCACAGACAACACACCUGCCACCUGGAAACAGGAUUACAUUGACUAUAGUGAUUCUGGCAAGAUUGCACUGGUUGCUGAAGUGGUACAAGCCCCCCAGUUAGCUGAUGACACAGUACAAGUCAUAAAAAGGAAGCGGGAGAGUGAGAGUGAAAGUGAUGAGAUCCCCCCAGCAGUUCCUCAGUUGAAGAAAGAAAAGAAGAAGAAGAAAGACAAGAAGCCCAAAACUGUACUAGAAAGUGGGGGCGAAGCUGGAGACGGGGACAGUGAUACCACCAAAAAGAAAAAGAAGAAGAAAGUAAAAGUGGAAGAGAUGUCUGAAUAGUAAAAGCCACUUCUUCAAGUCUUAUAUCCAGCUGGGAGGAGAAAUGAAAGCCUUAUUGAGAAAACUUGGUUGAGGGAAAACAGAGGUCCCAAACAGAGUUCUGGGACACUUUAGCUGCAUGACCUCAGUGGUUAGCUGGUGUGGCCAUCUCAUCCCUUCCUGUCCUGUUUUAAGGAUAUGACAGAUGAAAGCAGAUUUUUGCCACCACUCCUUCUGCUUGCUUUGAGUGAGGAAGCUGCACGUUUACACAUGUCACUGCCUAGUAGCUGUCUGCAGCUGUUUAUUAAUGGCCAUUUUAAACAAUGCCAUAGAUAGUCCUCUCCUAGUUUACUUUUUUUAAUGUUUGUAAAAAUGAAUUAUGCUAAAUAAAAUGGUAUAGAACCUCCCGUGAUUAAAAGAAGAAUGUAAUUGUACCAUGUUCACUGGGGAAAUCCUAAUCUCAGUGUCCUGUGAGGACUGCUUUAUUCUGGUAUUGGGUAUGCCUGUUGGUGUCUGUGGUGUUCAGGCCAGUACUCCAUGCAUUGUUAUGUACAGCAGGAUUUAUCCAACUCUUUUCUGGCUACUUGUGUUUGUGGUAGAAGCCAAAGCAUUCCUAUAUAUCCUCCUGUUUUAAUGUUCAUUUUCCUUUGAAUAAUGGAACUAUUCACUGCUGAGAGAAUGUAAUUUGUUGCUUUUCAAAGUAUUCUUAUUAGUUGUUAGGUUUACUAAUUGGUAAUCUUGGACUGGCAGGGCAAAAAUGAAAAUAUUUUUAUAAAAAAUCUGGGGAUUACCAUGUCCUAUUUGGAAUUUGUGUUUCCUUUGAGUAGUUUAAAAUUUCUUAAUUCUGUGUGCUACAUUGGCAUUGGGGCCAAUUGCCUGCAGUCAGCUACUCUCAAGGGGAACAUUACUAAUGGAGUGUUCUCCAGAAAAGAGAGGAAAGGUAGAUCUAUUACAUACUGUGCUGGGGGACAAAUGGGCUUGUAAGAUAUCAAGGUUGGAGGUAUUGCUGCUA